GCCAGCCAGCUGACUACUCCACUGGCAUCUUAUUCUGAUCUCUUCAUCAACCUUGUGGGAAACUUCUUGUACACGCUGAGACAAAUCAGUAGCACCAGUAAACUCUUUGCCCCCAUGGACAAAUACCUCAGUCCACUCCAAAUGAAACUUAUUCAGGGACAAAAUCUAAUGGAUCUCGUGUCACAAGCUAAUAGCUCCAGAUGGGCUGCACGUGACGUGAGAAGGGAGCCCAUCGAUGACUUUCUCGACCUCCUUGAUAUAGACUACCAAACGUUAUUUCAGAUCCUUUCUGUCCCACUCAGCCCUGAAGAAAUUUUGGAAACCAUGCACAUGUUCUUUGCAAACCCAGACCUUGCUGUCAUACUCAAGGGCAUGAACAGGGACAUGACAGGAAGCUCAGAUGAAGGUGAAACUAUUGACACAGCCCUAAAUAUCCUAUCUGACCUCACUCUUCCAAACAAUCCGCAGAACUUAAUGGGGAUGUUCAUGCAGAUUGGCAGUGAAGGAUCAGGUCUGGGUUAUCCAAACAGGAUGGGGCAGUUGGGACAAAGUGUUGGCAGAAUGGUAAGAAUGGUGAUGGCUCUUUCUCAGCAGUCAUCUCUGAGUAUAGCUCAAAUGAUUGAAAAGGUUGUGAAAGAGCUGACUUCUGCAGCAUUGCAUGUCACUGCCCAACAAAGUAAUGAUAGUAGUGUUGCCAUCCUCACAGCCAUCAAUGACAUUCUAUCACAGAAUAUGCAGGAGAUGAACAAUGUCAGCUUUCAAGUCGAGUCUGUAGUUCAAAACAUAAUCACCUCCAUCCCUGUGUCAGGGUCGCGGUUUCCCCUUGCAUCCUACAUACUGGCUAUAGAUCGAACCAUUGAAGCUUUCGCGUCCUUUCUACCUAUUCAAGAAGCAGUGUGCAUCAACAUCUUCGCUCAGAUGACAAAAGGCUUUGCACUGCUUGUGUCCAAUCCAGGAGAUAUGGAUGAAGUGCUGAUGUCAACUCAGGAGAUUGCUGAUUCCCUGAAUCGCAUCCUCACCCUCACUGGGAUAACCACUCUUCCAAACGGCCAGUGCGUCCAGAAUAUCACACAUUCUUUAAUCCUGAACAGUGCUUUGGCCACACAAAUCUUGUUCAAUCUCUCGGCUUCGAACUAUUCCUUCGGUGGUGAUCUGGAGCGAGGCAUGAUCCUGAGCCGAGCGCUCAAUCAGAUGACUUCUGUUCUGCCAGCAGAAGCACAUGUGGACAUCCAGUCUCUGAAGUUAGCGCUCAUCUUUGCUCUUUCUGACGUCUCAAACACAACCCAAAUCAGGCCGGCCUUCUUUGAGAUCUCCCAGCGAGUUACCAUGUCGCUACUGGCAUACCUAAACAUAAGUGGCUAUCCCGUUCUCACGGGGAUGACUUCACGCAGCUUAACUCAAAUCCUGUUCACUGUGUCAAGUCAAGUGUCAGAGGCAGUCUAUGAGGGCCUACUGGCAGACCCAUCCUCUGACCAGCUGCCAUAUGUUCUCAGCUCUCUGAGAGAGGUUGUACUGUCUUCAUAUUCAAUACUACCCGCAGAAGAAAAGCAAUACCUUAACGGCUCUCUCGUCUUCAUUGAGACUAUGGCCUUUGCCCUGAACCACACCAGAAACACAGGGGAUAAAGAACAUGCAGUGACCAUGAUUUCCAGCUCUGUCCAAAGCCUCCUGGAUGGCAUGCCGAAUGUCGGCACACACAGCUCAGGGAGCAUUAUUGGUGACCUGCAACGCAUCGUUAAGAUGCUCCAGGUCGCCCUGACUUCUGACCAAAUCUCGCUAGUUCAAAGCAUUGACAUGACAGAGCAGAUACUGCUUACCAUCCAGAACAUUCUCACCCAGCCUAACAGCAGCUCAGAGAUGGAUCUGAUCAGGAUAAUAGUGGAAGCUGCCGGGAUGAAUGCUGGGUCUUUGCUGAGGACAAAUGACACUAACUGGGCUGACAAACUGCCACUGUUGCUGACAAACAUAGCUGACAACCUUCCAGAUGACCUUCAGUUUGGUCCCUUCAAUAAAACCAUCAUCAGAUGUUUGGCAAACGAGUCCCAAGAAAAUCUGAGUGAUCUGCUUCAGACUAUAGACACAGCCUCUGAACUUCUGUCAACCAGCUGGACGAAUGACAACUUCAGUUUUAUACUUGAGAAAAUGGAAAUCCAGGUGUGCACCCUGGAGGAGAUACACUCACUACAGCAGCUCAGCCAGGAUCUGUUCCUGAGCCCAGGCCUGCUGUGCCACACAAUUCUGCCUGUCGCCCGUGCCCUUCACAACAUCGCCCACAACCUGGUCAACAAGAGCACCGACCUCUACAAGCAGCUCCUUCAGGACCUAGUUGGAGACCCUACCACUUACAACAUCAACGUUGACUGGAACGCCAUCCUCUCAAAUGUUCUUGGAAUCAAUGUCAGUGCUUUUGGAAUCACUCAAGUCAACAUGACCUCAUCUUCGAAUGAACUGAAGCUGGCUGAUGUGUUGAAGAACAAGACAAUGUUUGUUCUGGAUGUCACACGAUACACCAGUAUUCCUCCAGGAAUCUUAAAGAUGCUGCUGCAGUCUUCUCUGCCCAGCAGUAACCUGCAGAUCCUGGCUUGGGUAGCUAAGCUGUACUACUGCGAGGAGCCCUCUUCCUUGGACCUGGACCCCACGGGGGAGAUGAUCUUCGAGACCUUCUGCUCCUUGACACCUCAGGACUGGUACAGAGUGGCUGUGCUCCUGGCUUGGCACAUGAACCUGGAGAAUGUUGUGUACCAGCUAAUGCUUUCCAGUGAAAUCCAGGGUCUGGUGGAAAUCCUGAUGCAGAUGCUGAAGUUCUUAAUGGAUAUGAUGCAGAAGAUGACUCCUAUUCUGGACCACCUGCAGAACUAUCUCACCAGCUUCGAAGACUUGAAGUUGAUGGCAAAUCCUGAGUUCCGUCAUCUGGUAAGGGGGAAGCGUUCCACCAUCUCCAGCAGGGCUACGUUUGUUACCAUCUCCCGUGCCAUGUGCACCAGCGGCAUGCUGUCGCUUUUCGGACUCUCUAACCUGCCCAGUAUAGCUGAGUCCUCACCCGUGCUCAAGGACCAGCAAACGAUGGAGGAUCUCAUCACCAAGUUUAAAAUCCCACGAGAUGCCACUCCGUUCUGCACCAGUUUCUACCUGGACAUGGUGAGCACCACAGGGGGUGCCGUAGCGUGGGCUUUCCUAAAACCAAUGCUGCUGGGACAGGUUCUCUACUACCCAGACACGCCUCUGACCAGGGACAUCAUCAACAAGUCGAAUUCCACGCUGCUGCAGUUUGAUGACCUGCGAGGGUACGCAAAGGAAUGGCUACAGUCCUCGACCUAUCUAAUUCAGUCAGCACAAGUCCUGAAAAAGUCCUUGCCCAUGCUUAAGAACUCUUUAAAUAAUCCUUUCAUCCAAAACUUUAUAAAGAAGCAGACCGAUAUUGAUGUGACACAGAUGCAAGAAACUCUCACCAUGUUCUCGAACAUCACGGAGCUCCUGGAGAGGAACAAGUUCAUCGUGCAGCAGAUCAGCACCCUCUCCAACCUGAUGGUGAACCUCUCAUCCUGCGUCAACUUCAACCGCUACCAUGGCUACAACUCCACAGCGGAGCUCGACAAGCAAGCUGAAAUGCUGGCCCAAAACCGAGAGCUCUAUGCUAGCAUAAUCUUUAAGCUGCCCCAGGACAACUCCUCGGCUCUGCCCCCCAGCCUGCCCCCCAGAGUGGACUACACCAUCCGCAUGCACAUCGACAACUCCAUGAGAACGGACCGUGUGCGAAACCUGUACUGGUUUAAGAACUCGUACGUGUCGCCGAUGUUCAGCCAGCGCUACAGCCACGGCUUCGUGUACCUGCAGGAGAGUGUAGAGAGGGCCAUCAUAGCUGCGCAGACGGGCACGCAGGUACAGGAGCCCGCAGUGCAGGUGCAGGCCUUCCCCUACCCCUGCUUCUACAGAGACGAUUAUCUGGUGAGCAUCUCCUUUGCCUUCCCGCUGGUACUCAUGUUGGCCUGGAUGCUGUUUGUUGCCAACUUCGUGAUGAAUCUCGUUCACGAGCGAGAACUGCGACUGCACCAGUACAUGAAGAUGAUGGGGGUAAAACCCAUCAGCCACUUCUUCGCCUGGUUCAUCGAGAGCAGCAUUUUCAUCCUGUUCACCGUCAUCAUCCUCACUGUCAUCCUGAAGGCCGGCGCAGUGCUUCCAAAGAGCGACAGCUUUCUGAUCUUCCUCUACCUGUGUGACUAUGGUCUGAGCAUCCUGGCCAUCAGCUUCCUCAUCAGCGCCUUCUUCAACAAGACCAACAUUGCUGGGCUGAGCGGCAGCCUCAUCUACAUCAUCUGCUUCUUCCCCUACAUCGUGGUCAUGUGUCUAGAGCAGAGCCUCUCCUUCUCCGUCAGAGCGCACUGCCUCUUUUCUCCAACAUGUUUCAGUUAUGCCAGUCAGUACAUCACCCGCUACGAGAAACAGGAAGAAGGUCUCCAGUGGGGAAACAUGUACGUCUCCUCCGUGGGUGAUGACAAAUCCUCUUUCGGCUGGCUCUGCUGGCUUCUGCUGAUUGACUCAGGCAUCUACUUCCUCCUGGGUGGCUACAUUCGCAUGGUUUUCCCAGGGAGCUAUGGUAUCCCCGCGCCAUGGUACUUCCCUGUGCGGCCAUCAUUCUGGGCUGACCUGCUGGGCUGCUCCCACACGAGCAUGAAGAAGGUUGGCAGGGGGCUGCUCUUCUCCAACAUGAUGCAGGACAGCCAGCGUGGGGGCAAAGGCCAAGGCAAGGGUGAAGGUAAGGAUCGUCAUCAUCACGCUGGAAGAGACGAGGACUUCUCUGAGCUGCCGGUAGGGGUCUCCCUUCACGGCCUGACUAAGACGUAUGGCAGCAGGAAUGCCGUGGAGAACUUGAACCUCUCAUUCUACGAGGGCCAUAUCACCUCGCUGCUUGGGCACAACGGAGCCGGAAAGACCACCACCAUGUCCCUUCUCACUGGGCUGUUUGCGCCCUCCUCUGGCACUAUUGAGGUCUAUGGGAAAGACAUGCAGGCCUAUGACCACGUGCAUAAGGAGUUGGGCGUGUGCAUGCAGUAUGACGUGCACUUUGACCACCUGACUGCUGAAGAACACCUGCUGCUGUAUGGGCAGAUGAAAGCCCCCCAGUGGUCAAAGCAAGAACUGCACCAACAACGUGCGAUUCUGGAGGAGACCGGGAUGUACUCCCACCGUCACAAGCUUGUGGGGACACUGUCAGGUGGGAUGAAGAGGAAGCUAUCCAUCUCCAUCGCGUUCAUCGGCGGAUCUCGGCUGGUGGUCCUGGACGAGCCCACCACGGGCGUGGACCCCUGCUCACGCCGCAGCAUCUGGGACGUCAUACUCCAGCACAAGCAGGAUCGCACUAUCAUAAUGUCCACCCACCAUCUGGACGAGGCAGAGGUUCUCAGUGACCGCAUAGCGUUCCUGGAGCGUGGAGGUCUCAAGUGCUGUGGCUCUCCAUUCUACCUGAAGGAGAAGCUGUCCUGUGGCUAUAACCUCACCCUCACGAAGAAGGUCCAGCCCUCUGACUCAGAGGAGAAGUUUAACAUUGACAAGGUGAAAGCCUAUAUUCACUCACAUCUGCCUGAGGCCCGACUGAAGGACAGAGAAGUGGGCGACAUAGUCUACUCCCUUCCAGCCUACAACUCCCAGAAUGCAGGAGCCUACCGCUCACUGCUCACUGGCCUGGACAAGAACCUGGAAACCCUACAGCUCGGCUGCUACGGCAUCUCAGAUACCACCCUAGAAGAGGUGUUCCUGCAGCUCACGAGGGAGGAUUUGGAAUCUGCUGGGAACAAGGCGUGCACAGUGUCCGAGUCCGUACACCACAUGACGGCUUCCCUAGAUAGCCUGCCAGACGACCUCAGUGGCAGCAUGUACUUUGGAGAGAGAACCAGUCUGACAGGAACCUACAAGGUGAUGGGCUUUGCCCUGCUGGCGCAGCAGGUCAUGGCCAUGCUGGUCAAGCGUUUCCAUCACUCCUGCCGUGACUGGAAAGGCCUUGUCUCCCAGAUCCUACUUCCUGUGCUCUUUGUCAUCGGCGCCAUGGGUCUCGGCUCCAUCAGGAGCAACCUGCAGUACUUCCCGGAGAUGGAGCUCUCGCCGGCCCUCUACGACAUUGGCAAGCAGUACACCUUCUUCAGUAACCAGAAUCCCAACUCCAGCUACCUGGUCGAUACCUUGAUGUCAUAUCCAGGCAUAGACCACUACUGCAUGGAAAAGCCAGACAGCGAGGUGUGUCAGAAGAGAGGCAGUCCAGUGUCUGAUGAGUGGACAUCCAGUGGCAAUAGGACAUCCAUGUUUGAGAGUUGCAGGUGCAGUGACUUUUCCCAGACCUGCCCAAAGCAGAGCUAUGACCCCCCUCAUAAGACCAAUCCCUCGUCCCAGAUCAUCUACAACCUGACCAACAUCAACACUGAGGACUACCUCCUGGCAACUGCUAAUGAUUUCAUCAGAGACAGGUAUGGGGGCUGGUCUUUCGGGGAAGCCCUUCCCAAUGAUCUCCAGAUGGAUAUCUCGGAUGUUCCCAAAAACAGGACUCUAACCAAGGUGUGGUAUAAUCCAGAAGGAUAUCACACCAUGCCAGCAUACCUCAACAGCCUCAACAACUUCAUCCUGCGUGCCAACCUGCCGGCAGACAAACAACCCCAGCAGUACGCAAUUUCGCUGACCAGCCAUCCCUACCCCGGCAAGCUGGAUGACGAAGACGCAAUGGUGCGCGGCCUGGUCAGCAUCAUGGUGGCAUUGUGCAUCCUCACUGGCUACUCCAUCAUGACGGCAAGCUUUGUCAUCUACGAGGUGCAGGAGCACCACACCUGCUCCAAAAGGCUCCAGCACAUUUCAGGCAUCAGUGAGGCUUUCUACUGGACCAUCAACUUCUUCUACGAUAUGGCUCUGUACAUGGUUCCUGUGCUGCUCUCUGUGAUCGUCAUUGCUGCCUUCCAGGUGCCAGCCUUCAACGACAGGCUGAAUCUAGGAGCAGUCACACUGCUGCUGGUGCUCUUUGGGUUUGCAAGCUUCCCCUGGAUGUACCUCCUCUCAUCCCUGUUUAAAGACACAGAGAUGGCCUUCAUCAGCUAUGUGUGCAUCAACCUCUUCAUCAGUUUGAACACCAUCAUUUCCACAGCUAUCCUCUACUUCCUAGGACAGCUCAUCCACACUGAUGAGCGCGUCCUGACGGUGUACCACGCCAUGAGCGCCGUGUUCCUGAUCUUCCCCCAGUUCAGCUUCGGGAACGGGCUGGUGGAACUGGCCCGGGUGGACAUGCAGCGGCAGAUCCUCAGCGCGUAUGGCGUGGAUGCCUACAAGGACCCGUUCGGCAUGGACGUGCUGGGGUGGAUGCUGGUCUCCCUAUUCUUGCAAGGGUUCGUCUGCUUCACCCUGCGGCUGCUGCUCAACAGAUGGCUCCUCCAGAGAGUCCGGCGUUUCUUCUGCUGGAGGAAGUGGGAGCCCAGGACAGGAAACUGCGAGGAGGACGAGGACGUCCUGGCUGAAUGCCAGCGCGUGAGCACUGGCGCUGCUGUGUCCGAUCUGCUACAGGUCAAACAGCUCACUAAAGUCUACCAGCAUAUGAACCGGCGCGUGCCAGCCGUGCAGGAGCUGUCCUUUGGCAUUCCAGCAGGGGAGUGUUUCGGACUGUUAGGCGUAAAUGGAGCGGGAAAGACGACCACGUUCAAGAUGCUCACAGGAGAAGUCAGCCCCACACACGGCUCUGCGCAUGUCUGCGCCUGGGACGGGAGAAUGGUCAACAUCAUGGAUAGCAGGACAGAGGGUGUCAACAUUGGCUACUGCCCCCAGGUGGAUGCCCUGGAUGACUUCAUGACAGGAGAAGAGCAUCUCUACUUCUACGCCCGCAUCAAGGGUGUCACCAAGAGAGAGACCGACCGGGUUGUGAACUAUCUUUUGAAUAAACUUGAGCUGAACGACCACAGACGCGUCACCAGUGAACACUACAGCUGCGGAACCCGACGGAAACUCUCCACUGCGCUGGCUCUGAUUGGACAGCCACAGAUCCUGCUGCUGGACGAGCCCAGCUCGGGGAUGGACCCCCAUUCGAAACGGCACCUCUGGAAGAUCAUUGCUGAGGAGGUGAUGGGAAAAUGUGCCGUGGUUCUGACAUCACACAGUAUGGAGGAGUGUGAGGCUUUGUGUACUCGUCUGGCUAUAAUGGUGCAAGGUCAGUUCAGAUGUCUGGGCUCCUUACAGCACAUCAAGAACAGGUUUGGCAGUGGCUUCACUGUGAAGAUGUACCUGGCUGGUGCCUCGUGUGAAGUAGAUGCCAUCACCGGAUUCAUGGAGGAACAUUUUCCCAGCACUUACCUUAAGGACCAUCAUCUGGCUAUGGUGGAGUACCAUGUUCCAGUGGCUCCUGGUGGCGUGGCCGAUAUUUUUGACCAGUUGGAGUCUAACAAGGCUACUCUGCAAAUCAAACACUUCUCCGUGUGCCAGACCACAUUGGAUGAGGUCUUCAUUAACUUUGCUUCGGGAAAAGUGGAUACGGACUCUGACUCCCCGGAUGUCAGACUCUGACCCGGAACGUCAUCACUGAUUCAGUAUUGCUGACAAGUGAACACGGAUUAAAAUGGAUUGCGCCAAAUGAUAAUGAAACACAAAUGAUGAUAAAAAACAAAAUUAAAAUACAGUAACUGAAGACUAUAUCCUAAUCCUAAUGCUAGGAAAGAGAAAUAUUUAAUUCGGUUAUUUUAUUGUUUUCUUUUAAUGAAAUAAUUAAGUUUACGAAUAAACCUGUUUCUUAGGUUCUUUCUGUAUGUCUAGGGAUGCCAUUCUAAACUACUCAGGCCAGAAGUACUUUGUUAAUACUUAUGAAAUAUCAAAAAAUAAUAUACCAUGUGAAGGUUUGUGAAAUCAUGAAGGCAAAGUAGCCAAAUGGGUCUUUCCAGAUGUGUCUUUUCUAUAAUUCUCUAUAGUUCUUGUAGUAGUCUAUGCAAAUGUAAUUAUGACAUAAGAAUGUAAAAUGUCAGCUUGCUCUCGCUGGGACAUUGGGGUAGAAUAUUUGCAUUAGUUCCAUUAGAAUAGUUCCAUUCUGCAUCUUAUUUAAAUCCUAGCCAAUCUUCACAGGGUUUCUCUUUCUUCAACAAAAUCUCAUUUCAUUCUCUAUUGUUUAUUGUGACUCUAGUUUAAUGAUCAAAACUUAAAAAAAAACAUAAACAAGCAGCCACAAUUCGGUUCCUUAAUACUGCAUUAAAUAUGUAUGGAGAAUGAGGAUCUCAUCCUUUCAAACCGCUAGCAGCAUUGACGCAGUGCUACUUCUUGGGUUGGUAUAAAUCACAAAGACCAUUUUGGCUCCAAGAUAUAAAUGAUUCUUCAAUGUCUCCACAUAUUCUGUCUCAUUAAUAUUUCCUCUAAAGACACAUCUUUCUCAUGCUGAAUAUUUCAUCAGCUCUUUCCUUAUACUGCUUCAAGACACAGAUCCUCGUUCUAAAAAUGGACCAAACU